ACAGGCGAGGCGUGUGUGUGUGUGUGCAACAGAGACAGAAUAAGAAACGCGGCAACGGCGAUUAAGCGCAAACGAAAACGGGCAAAUACGCAGCAAAUAAAACAAAAAUAAUAAAAAAAAAUACAACAAUAAGAGCUGUACACGAAAACAACAGCGGCAACAAAACCAAAUUGUUUAAAAUUGUUUUGGCCAAUUAAAUUGCGUGUCGUUUUUCACUAGUGUGUGUGUGUGUGUCAGAGUCUGCCAAAGCUAGUGUGUGUGCGUGUGUUUAUAGAGCAUCCGGUAAAGGUAAAUGCAGCGACGCAAAAAUGUGCAGCCUAACGCAGCAGGAUUUACACGAUCUAUUGGAAAUUUUCGAAAAAAAGUCAUUCGAGGCGGUGGCCUUUGAGGAAGGAUCGCCGGAGUACGCCAUCUCCAAAAAAUGUGAAUACCUGUUCAAAAUGGACUACAGCCUAAUUGAGCUGGAUAACACGAACGGGCUGCUCAGUCCACGCUAUCCUGGACGCAUACUCAUACCAGAAUACGAGCACGGUCAUAUGGCUAAGACGUUGAUACCGGGUAAUGGACUAUUUGGCGGGGGAGGAGGAUCCUCGGGGACAACAGCCACAGCGACGCCCCUGAACAGCAGUGCUGGAAGUAAUUGCAGCAACGGCAGCGAUAAUGGUGCAGGCGUGGGUAUCCAGGCAUUCGUUACCUUUGCCAAUCCUCUCCAGAAACAACAAACACAACAGCAGCAGCAGCAACAACCACAAACAGCAACAACUCAGCCACAACAGAAUACAAUUUAUGAGGAUCAGUAUGAUAUACAAAGAAUGCGGGAACUGGUUACAAUGGCCAAAUAUGCAAGGUGUCGACAAAGAUUCGCUGUGCCCGUGAUCAUGUACAGGGGCAAAUAUAUAUGCCGAUCGGCCACAUUGUCGGUCAUGCCAGAGACAUAUGCCAACUAUGCCUACAAUUGCCUCAGCGGCGGCACCUAUGCCCCGCCAAAUGGUGAUGAGAAUGAUGCGGACUCUACAGAUGAAUCUUUGAUCAAUCAUAUCAAUGAUCAAACGCAAUUCAGUUACGACGAGGUGAUCAAAAGUGACAUUCAACUGCUCCAUACCCUAAAUGUAUCCACCAUAGUCGACUUAAUGGUUGAGAAUCGAAAGAUCAAAUAUUUUAUGGCUGUUUCCUCAUCGGAGAAAGCCGAUCCGAAUAAACAUUACAAGAGCUUCAAUUUGCUAUCCCUGCCCUACCCUGGUUGUGAAUUCUUUAAGAAAUUUCGCGACAACAACUACAUGGCCAAGAAUCUGCAUUAUAAUUGGAAGCAGUCGUUCAAUGAUGCGAAUAUUAAUAUACCCAAUUUGGGACCUGCUGCCGAUAUUGAUAUUAUAUGGCCAGAAUAUAGAGAAUGGGAUUUGGUUACCAUAACUCAAAACUAUUUACGUGCCACUCUCAAGUAUAUACAAGAGGAUAAUUCUGGACUACUGAUUCACUGCAUCAGUGGAUGGGAUCGCACUCCGCUAUUUGUAUCACUAGUCCGUCUGUCACUGUGGGCCGAUGGACUUAUCCAUCAGUCAUUAAAUGCUCUGCAAAUGGCCUAUCUAACAUUGGCCUACGAUUGGUAUUUAUUCGGCCAUCAACUGCCCGAUCGCCUGAAACGUGGCGAAGAUAUUAUGUUCUUUUGUUUCCAUGUGCUAAAAUUUAUAACCGAUGAGGAAUUCAGCAUAGUGGAGCACAGAAAAAGGACCAAGACAUCAAGCAGUAGUGGGAGUAGUGUCAUUGUCAUUAAAUCCGAUUGCUGUGAUGAUGAGCCGCUCAAAGAAGAUUAUAUUUUGGCCUUUGAUCAAGAUAGCAACGAUAGCUACUCGAAUUGUUCAAACUGUGAUAUGUCCAUUACCGACAAUUUUUAUGCCACAUCAGUGCCACAAUCCACAGCCACUCCUGCAACAAAUAAUCCAUUGACCAAUCGUUCGCCAAAUCCGAAACGUUCCCGCACUAGCCCUAUUUCAGUGCCUGGAUCGAAUGCCCGCCAGCGACAAGAAUCGACAUCUUCGAACGGCAGUUGGCAAGUGGUCACCGAUACGGGUUCAAUAGAUUCCAUGAUGAAUGGCAGUUAUAUGAUGCGAUUUGUGUCCCAGCAACAUCAACAACAGCAGCAGCAGCAGCAGCAGCAAACCUCCUUAGAUGGCGUCAGCGGUGGCGGCGUCUCCUCUAACAUUCCUAUAUGCAAUGGCAGCAAUGGCUAUCAUUGUAGCAUAUCCCAUCAUGGCAGUGGAAGUGGAAGCGGCAGUGGUGGCAGUGGGAGCAGCAAUAGCAUAACGCACGGUUUCGCAAAUGGUUCCUCCAAAGAUAUUGGCGUCGGUGGCACUUCGAUGGCCUCCAAGCAGUGCAUCAAUUUACGCAAGCAACGUCUUAAUGCUGUCCGCGCCAUCUUCAUUCAGGCAUAUGGAAAAACAAUUGGACUGAAAUUCAAAGAAGGCUCCUCCAUGAACCUGGCCACCUUUAUAGGAAACUUGGCGGAUCAAUUAUUCUGAGACUUCAAUACCCGCCUCCGCCCCCCGCAAUACCUUUCCGUCUUGUUGAACUCUUAUUUGUUGGAUUUUUAUUUUCCUUUUUACUCCAUCCUUCCUUCUUCUUCUCGCUUGUUAGUUUGCGUGUUAUCCGAAGUGUGUAUGCGUGUGCUGUGUGUGUGUAUGUGCAUGUGCUAAGCUUUUUUUUUUAUAAAAUGUUAAUUUUGAAAUGUUCAUUAUUGUGACUGUUGUUGAGAAUUUGAUUCAUCCAUUGAUCGUAUAUUGUAGUAGUCCAACUAUCUCCAAGCUCUGCAGUUAAAUCCUGAGCUCGCCUCAUACACCGGCUUAUUCGCAGAUCGCAAAUCGAAAUUUAUAAUAAUCCACAUGAGAUAAUAAAACAACAAAUUAUAAGAAUGGUUUGUGUUGAAUCGAACUCUAGCUUUAGGUUGUAAUUUAUAGUAAUUGUAUUUUUUAAUGAUAAUAUUAAUAAACAAAAAAAUAAAAUAAAA